CCCAGUGUGGACAGCGCGUUUCUCCCAGGAGCCAGCGGACCAGUCGGUGGUGCUGGGCCAGAGGGUGAUUUUGUCCUGCGUUGUGUUUAACUACUCGGGCAUUGUGCAGUGGACCAAGGAUGGACUGGCCCUGGGCAUCGGAGAGGACCUCAGGGGUGAGACUACAACAACUCUAAGACCCCCCCAACAACACCCAACAACACCCAACACCCAUCGUUUCUAGUCGCCCUCCUUAAAAGGCCUCUCUGUAUAUCGCCCUGUCUCCCCUUUUCACUCUAUCUUUCAUUAUCUCAUGUUGUGCUGUUGUGGUUUUUACCUUUUGUGGUUUUUACCUUGUGGUCCUCUGUAGCUCAGCUGGUAGAGCACGGCGCUUGUAACGCCAAGGUAGUGGGUUCGAUCCCCGCGACCACCCAUACACAAAAAAAUGUAUGCACGCAUGACUGUAAGUCGCUUUGGAUAAAAGCGUCUGCUAAAUGGCAUAUUAUUAUUAUUUUCUCUACCACCUCUCCCCCUCUUUCUAUCUCUACCCCCCCCCCUCUCUCUUUCUCUCUGUCUCUCUCUUUGUCUCUCUCUCUCGUUCUCUCUCUAUCUCUAUGUCGCUGAGUCUCUGUCUGUCUAUCAAUUUCUCUAUACCUAUCUCUAUCACGAACAUACACGUUCUAUCUCUCCUAUCUGUAAGAAAUAAGGCUUGUUAAAAAAAAAAUUAUGUAAACUCAUUGCUUUUCCUACAUUCUGUUUCAGGCCACACUUUCCCCUUUAUCCCUCUUUCUCUUCCUUUGCAGCUUUCUCUUCCUGCUUCAUUCCGUCUCGCUCUCUCUUUGCCUCUGUUCAACCCCUCACUCAUUCUUCAUUCUCCCUCCCUCCCUCCCCCUCUGCCACUCUUUUCCUCUCCUUCACACUCUCUCUUCCUCCCUCUCUUUGCCUCUGCUUUCUCUCAAAAUUCCGCUCUCCCUUUCCUCAGGCUUACAUAUCUGACUCCCACUUCGGUCUCUCUCUCUCUGGAAAUCUCUUCUUUCUCUCUCUCUCUCUUUCUCUCUCUCUCGCUUUCCUCUCCCCUCCCUUCUCCUCCUCCUCACCUCUCUCUCCUCUCCCUCUCUCCUCUACGCCUCUCUCUUCUCUCUCUCUCUAUAUCUCUCUCUCUCUCUCUCUCCUCGUCCUCUUCUCUCUCUUCUUCUCUCUCUCUCUCUCUCUCUCUUUCAAUCAUAUGUUACUGUAAUGGUUCAGUGCUUCAAGCCAAAGCUUUUAAAUAGAAACAUGUGAAUGAACACUGGUUCCCUCAUACACACACUCCCUCUCUCCCUCGAUCCCCCGCUCUCUCUCUCCCUGCCUCUCCCCCUCGCUCCUUCGCUCUCUCUCCCUGCCUCUCUCCCUCGCUCCCUUGAUCUCUUUCCCUCUCCCUUUCAUACUCUUUCGCUCUCUCGACAUUUCACAUGCAAAUACAUGCAUAGACAACACACAGACACACAUGAUAUGCCAGUUACAAGGACACACAAGGUUAUGGGAGGGUAAGCUCAUUUGAAGCAUAUGGAUAUACAUACAGUACAUUCUACUGUGACAGAAUGAUUCAGAUGGAAUUUAUAUGUGAAGAGAAAGGAUAUGAAAUCUGCUACAGCAUUUCUGUCCCUUUGGAGUCCUCUAAAACGUUGUUGUCAUAAUGCAUGCAUUUUAUUCUCUUGCUGGUGAAAGAGAGCAUGGCUGCCACCUGCUGGUGAGAAUGUAUAGCAUCACGGGAGCUGUGAGCGCUAGAAGAGAGCGAGUGAGAGAAGGGGGGUGGAAGGAAGGGGGAGAGAGAGCGAGAGAUAGACAGAGAGAGAGAGAGAGAGGAGAGAGAGAGAGAGAGAGAGAGAGAGAGAUAGACAGAGAGAUAAAUAGAGAGAGAGAGAGAGAGAGAGAGAGAGAGAGAGAUAGAGAGAGUGUGCAUACAUGCGCAUAUAUAUGAAUAUUUGCAUGGUUGUUUUCAUUUGCAUAAAUAAUUAUGCACAGGUGUUUUUGGUUUGUUAUCAUUACAUUCAAUACAUUCCAAAUGAGCCUGUCCUUCUCAUUUAUCAUUUAACCAGCAUCUACUGGUUGUCCCUAUGUCUGACUCUCUCUCCCUUCCCCCCAGCCUGGCCGAGGUACCGUGUGUUGCGGGUGCAGGAGCUGGGCCAGUAUAACCUGGAGAUCAUCUCAGCUGAGCUGUCUGAUGACUCCCUGUACGAGUGCCAGGCCCCUGAUGCUGCACUACGUUCUAGAAGAGCCAAACUCACCGUCCUCAGUAAGAUACAGCAACUGCGUGCGUGUGUGUGGUUGUGUAAGUGUUUGUGUGUGGUUGUGUAUAUGUGUGUGUGUGUGUGUGUAUUCCCAUAUGUGUGUAACCCCCCUGUCCUAUCUCCAGUCCCCCCAGAUGACCCAGUGAUAGAUGGGGCCCCUGAGGUGCUGCUGAAUGCAGGGGACCACUAUAACCUGAGCUGUGUGUCCCGCGGGGCCAAGCCCCCUGCCAUGAUAGAGUGGCAGAAAGACGGGAUCCCUGUAGAUGGAGCAGUCAGCACUACCGUGAGUCAAUGAAACAUGCAUGUACACAGACAUACACAUAGUAUUAUAACACACACAUGCACACACACACACACACACAAGUACAUAUCACAGGCAUGCACACACAAACACACACACACACUCAAAUACAUACACACAUUGGACACAGUCACUGACUUUCAUUGCGUCACGCCUACCUUUUCUCAUAGUUGUAUUGGCCGUCAUCUCUUGAGUCCAUUGUUACCCCUCUCUUGACCAUUUAUCUGUCUCCCUCCCUCCCUCGUUCCUUCUUUCCCUCCCUCCAUCUGUCUCCAUCAGGAGGUGCUCCCAGACAGGAAGAGGGUGACGACCCACAGCUUCCUGCCCAUCCACCCAGUGGACACAGACACAGGGAGGAACUAUAGCUGCGUGGCCAGUAACCUGGCUAUCCCCACCGGGAAACGCACCACCGUCACCCUCAACGUACACCGUAAGUCACCCUCAAAGUACACCGUAAAGACUUGUUCAUAACCAUCCCCUUAGCUUUACAUCGUUUUCACUACAGACUGUAUGACUGAAUAUCUGAUGUUAUUCAAAGACAACAGCUACUAAUGAAAACCAGUAGAUCACAGAUCACUGCCCAGGACCCUUGAGGGAUUCUCUCUUUUUCCAUCAUCUCUCUCUACCCCCCUCCUCCCUCCUUCUCUCUAUCAUUUGCUUAUUUGCUUAUGUAUCGGUGUGCCUCAGUAACCCUGUGUAUCCUCUCUUUCCAGACCCCCCCACGGUGACCCUGUCCAUCGAGCCUCGCUCCGUCCUAGAGGGGGACAGAGUCACCUUCACCUGCGCAGCCUCCGCCAACCCUCCUAUCAUGGGAUACAUGUAUGUCCUCUAUCUAUCUGUUCGUCUUUCUGUCUGUCUGUAUGUCCACCUGUUUCUCUCUCUAGCCGUGCAUUAGUCUUGCUGGAUAGUUGUAUUUUGGGUAGUUACAUGUUUAAUGUGUUAGUCGUGGUGUGCAUGUUUUUGGCCAAUGCGGGAAUCAAACCUACAGCUCUGGCAGUACAUGUUUAUUCAUACAAUAUGUAUGUGUUCUUUCUCAGGUGGGCUAAAGGUGGAGUGAUCCUGCAGGGGGCCAGAGAGAGUGUGCUCACCACCAAAGCUGACCAUUCCUUCUUCACUGAGCCAGUGUCAUGCUCAGUGUUCAACGCCGUGGGCAAAACCAACGUCAGCAUCCUGGUCGAUGUACACUGUGAGUCUGACUAGACCUCCAUGGCUGGCCAAUAGCAUCUGUCUGUCUGUCUGUCUGUCGGUCUCUCUCUCUGUCUGUCUGGCUGUCUGUGUGUCGCUCUGUCUGUCUGUCUGUCUGUCUGUCUGUCUGUCUGUCUGUCUGUCUCUGUCUGUCUGUCUGUCUGUCUGUCUGUCUGUCUGUCUGUCUGUCUGUCUGUCUGUCUGUCUCCCUCUCUGUCUGUCUGGCUGUGUGUGUCUCUCUAUCUCUCUCUCUCUGUCUGUCUGUCUGUCUGUCUGUCUGUCUGUCUGUCUGUCUGUCUGUCUGUCUCUGUCUGUCUGUCUGUCUGUAUGUAUGUCUGUCUGUCUGUCUGUCUGUCUGUCUGUCUCUCUCUCUCUCUAUCUCUCUCUCGCUCUCUGUCUGGCUGGCUCUCUCUCUGUCUGUCUGUUUGUCUGGCUCUCUGUCUCUUGAUCUCAAUCUCUCUCCUCUCUCUGUCAGUCUUUCAUUUCUCUUUACCUGGUCAUUUUUGUAUUGUCUUUGACUUUGUUAUCAGUCCUCUCUCUCUCUCUCCCUCCCUCUCUCUCCCCAGUUGGUCCUAUUCUGGUAGUGGAGCCCAGACCAGUGACAGUGGACAUGGACUCUGAUGUCGCUCUGAACUGCAAAUGGGCCGGCAACCCUCCUCUAACACUUACCUGGACCAAGAAGGGCUCCAAUAUGGUGAGGGCCAGCUCUCUCACUCCUCCACUCUCUUCCUUCUCUCGCUCCCUUUAUCUCUUCUAUCCUCUGUAUCUCUCCGUCUCUCUAUUCUCUUUUGCGCCCCUGCUCUGUCCAUCUCUCUCUUUCUCUCUCGUUGUGUAGGUCCUCAGUAACGACAACCAUCUCUUUCCCCCUCUCUUUUCUAUCCGUUGUCUGUCUUCUUUCUUCCUAUCUCUCCUUUCUUUCUUUCUUUCUUUCUCUUUUAUUAUCUUUUGUCCCUCUAAAAAAGUAGAAUGGCCUCCGGCCACAUCAUCGCACUCCCCUUUUCGUCUGUCCAUCUCUUUCUCUCUGUUUGCCCCUGACUCUCUGUUUGUUCCUCUCUCUCGCCAUCCCUUGUGUAGGUCCUUAGUAAUAACAACCAGCUGUUCCUGAAGUCAGUGAGCCAGGCGGACGCUGGGCAGUACGUGUGUAAGGCCAUCGUCCCCAGGAUCGGAGUGGGAGAGACAGAGGUCACGCUCACUGUCAACGGUAAGGAACACCACACAUCACACGAAUAGAUAAGCUGGAGUUUAUGGUUCAAAUGUGUGUGAUGAUUUGAUGUAGGCUUUAAUACUGCUAUGAAGACUGGAGUGUGCAACUUUCAUUUCAAACUAUUCAUUGGUAUAGUAUUUCUUCUUGUUAUACAUGAAGUGGAAUGUACCACCCCUCACUCUUUCUCAAGCUCACUCUCUUUAUUUCUUCCUAUCCAGGUCCCCCCAUCAUCUCCAGUGAGCCCGUCCAGUAUGCGGUGAGGGGGGAGAGAGGAGAGGUCAAAUGCUAUAUUGCCAGCUCUCCACCACCGGACAAGAUUGUAAGUUGACAGUUGAUACUGUACAAACUCUACUGCAAGCUUAUACAUUACCACCUAUACAUUAUCGUCAUGAGAUUACCGCCUAUACAUUAUCAUCGUGAGAUUACCACCUAUACAUUAUCAUCAUGAGAUUACCGCCUAUACAUUAUCGUUGUGGGUACCACCUAUAUGUUAUUGUCGUGAGAUUACCACCUAUACAUUAUCGUCGUGAGAUUACCACCUAUACAUUAUCGUCGUGAGAUUACCACCUAUGCAUUAUCGUCGUGAGAUUACCACCUAUACAUUAUCAUCAUGGGAUUACCGCCUAUACAUUAUCGUUGUGGGUACCACCUAUAUGUUAUUGUCGUGAGAUUACCGCCUAUACAUUAUCGUCGUGAGAUUACCACCUAUACAUUAUCGUCGUGAGAUUACCACCUAUGCAUUAUCGUCGUGAGAUUACCACCUAUACAUUAUCGUCAUGUGAUGGCCACCAAAAUCUUUUCGAAUUGUCCUGAGACCCACCAAGUAAACAAGAUUUCUAGUAGAGGGACACUUCUAGUGCAGCCAGUCACAGUGUCUGAAACCAGCUGAUAUCUCUUCUCCUCCACUUGUCUCUCUGGUCCGGAUGCUCUCAGACAGUGGCUGCAUCUGAAAUGGCACCAUUUUCCCUACAUAGUGCACCCUAUGGGCCAUGGUCAAAAGUAGUGCACUGUAUAGGGAAUAAGGUGCUAUUUGGGACGUAGUCAGUGUGUAGUUGGUCUCUUCCUCCUCUCCUCUCCUCUUGUCUCUAAUGUUUGUGAGUUUGAUUCUCUCUGACGCACCAGCUUGCGUUCUUAAUGCAGGGACAGAAAGGGAGUUAUAAAAUAUGAAGGACUGGCUGGAACAGUUGUCCCAGUAAAUGCCUCCGUCAGAGUUUCUUGUUUUUCAGAAUAAAUGGAAGAUUACCGGAACAUGUGGCCUCAUGCAUUUUUAAAUACUCUCUCAUACUUCAGUGUGAAUAAUAGCUUUUAGCGGAUUAGAAGUUGCGGAAGUGUGUAAGAUUCUCACCAACUCUAAAACCACUACAUGUUACUCUAUAGUCCAAGAAUAGAGAGAUAGAGAGGCUUAGAACGGUUGCUGCUGGUAAUGUGUGAAUCUCAUUCUGUGUGCGUUGUGUGUGUGAAUGUGUUUUUAAUGUAUGUAUGUAUGUGUUUGCUUGUUUACGUUAGUGGGGAUGUGUCUGUGUGUACAUCUUUGUAUGCCCACUUGUGUGUACAGUAUGCCUGCAUGUGUACAAUAUGUGUGUAAAUGCAUAAUGCAUAUGUAUGUGUAUGCCAGUAAACAUAAUGUACUGGGGUCCAUAUGGGUGUGUUAACUUGCGCCUGUCUGUCUGUCUGUGUUUCAGGUGUGGGCGUGGAAAGAGAACGUAUGGGAGAAGGAGAAGGGAACUCUGUUGGAGAGGUACACGGUGGAGCAGAGUAAACCUCUGUCUGAGGGAGGGGCUGUCCUCUCCACCCUCACCAUCAACAACGUCAUGGAGGCUGACUUCCUGUCCACCUACAACUGUACCGCCUGGAACGCCUUCGGUCCCGGGACCAUGAUCAUCAUCCUGGAGGAGACUGGUAUGACCAGAGACAAACAACAACAAAAACAGCAACAACAGCAACAAUAACCACCAUAUAUUCACCACCAUUAUAUUCACAACCAUUAUAUUCAUACUCCUAACUUGAUAUGACCAGACAUCUCUCCUCAAAAACAACAACAAUACUCACGCCUGCUCUAUCACAAUGUUUUAGCUGAAUCUGCAUGUUGUAUUGUGUUGACUACUUACAUUUUUCUGUACUUUCUCUCUCCCUCUCUCUCCCUCAUUUUCUCUCUCCCUCUUUCUCUCUCUCUCUCUCUCCCUUCCUCUCUCUCUCUCUCUCUCUCUCUCUCUCUCUCUCUCUCUCUCUCUCUCUCUAUCGCUCUCUCUCCUCUCCCCAUUCUCUCUGUCUCAUUCCAUCCCCCUUUCCUCCCUCCCUCCUCUCUCCCUCCAUUCCUCUCUCCUCUCAUCCCUCUCUCAGAGGAGGUCCCAGUGGGUAUAAUAGCAGGAGGGACUGUUGGCUGCACCAUCCUGCUGUUCCUGUGUUUACUAGUCCUGGUGCUGGUCUUCUACCGACAGCGCAAAGGCAGUGAGUGACACCUGCAUCUACUCCACACAGACAAACCAUCUAUAAAGUAUCAAACACAUACCAAUACAUGUUUCAUAUGCCCAUGCCUUAAAAACACCAUACACCUGUUUGUCUUCAGAUAUCUAACCUGUACCCCCACACAUUGACUCGGUACCGGUACCCGCUGUAUAUAGCCUCAUUAUUGUUUUUUUGUUGUUGUUUUUUUAAACUUGAGUUUAUUUAGUAAAUAUUUUCUUAACUCUAUUUCUUGAACUGCAUUGUUGGUUAAGGGCUUGUAAGUAAGCAUUUCACGGUAAGGUCUACACCUGUUGUAUUCGGCGCAUGUGACAAAUAGAAUGUUAUUUGAUUUUUGAUUUCAUAUCAAUAUAUGAACCCAUUAUUUACCUUUACACAUUAUACAUUAUUCACAUAACCCACAUGCACAUAUACAUACUGUAUACAUAUUGUAUCUAUCUAAAUCAAUAUACCCUGACAUAUCCAGCAGUAUUCAACUGUGUACUGUGCUGUUGUGUUGUGCUUCCAGGUCGUCGCGGGGUCACGCUGGGUAAGCCAGACAUCAAGGUAGAGACAAUAAACAAGGAGACCCACAGUCUGGAGGAGGACUCCGGCAGCGUUUCCACGGCAUCGCGCAUGGUCAAGGCCAUGUACUCGGUGAGUUGCCAUGACAAUGGGACAGCAGGUUGCCUUGAACUUUACUGCCUUUGGUUUAUGUUACCCAAGUUCCCCUCAGGGGAUCAAUAA